CACCCACCCACCCAGCUGGUACACUGCUUGUUCUAGCCCCUCCUCACCUCAGUCGGCCGCCCAUCUUCGUCGACAGCAGAAACAUCAGAGUUUACUCGACAUAAUUAUAAUAUCACCAAAACUCGACUGCAGUGAAACACCAACCUAUGAUAUAGCAUGGCGUCAUCGGAUAUUCUGGUCUCCUUCAUGGGGGCUAUUCAAGCUGCCAUAUCCGUUCUGAUAACCAUAUGGAUCGGUGUCCUUGCGGCCCAGUUCGACCUCAUCGACGAUGGAGCUGCCAAACGCCUGUCGUCUAUGUGUGUCACCAUCUUCUUGCCGUUGUUGCUGGUCGCCAACCUGGGAAAGCAGCUCGAUUCUGAUACUGCUAUGCACUAUCUCCCCAUUGUUGUCUGGUCCCUGAUUUUCGUUGUCUUGUCGAUCGUGGUAGGCAAGCUAUCCGUCCGCAUCUUCAAGCUUCCAGCAUGGACCACCCCCGCCCUCGCAUUCAACAACUCGACCUCGCUGCCGCUCCUCCUCAUCCAAGCACUCGAUGCCGCCGGAGUCCUCAAGAACUUGACCUCCGACCCCAACGUAGUCGAAAAGGCCCGCUCCUAUUUUCUUGUUUGCGCCGUCAUCAGCAACACUCUAACCUUUGGCUACGGCCCGGUACUCCUCGAUCAAGAUGAUGGCGGGCAGACCGACAGCGACCCGGAGUCCGGACGGGAUUCUGGCCAAGAAGACGAGGAGGAUCACGACGGGUCUGGAAGCAACAGCGGUGAUAGCUCUGGCCCCUCCGAGACGACGUCGCUCCUCCCCAAGAAAGCCGUACGCUUCGCCAAGACCACGGCCCGGCAAAUCGAGAAUGCGCAGAACAAGACUUACAAUGCUUUGCCCAAGCCUCUCCAAAAGACCGUAAGCUGGAUUGCGCCCUUCUUUAACCCUCCAGCACUGGGAGCAUCGACUGGUGUUCUCAUCGGCUUGGUUCCUGCUCUACACCGUAUGUUCUUCAACGACUCGCAAGAGGGCGGAUACUUCAAGGCUUGGCUUACUACGCCCAUCAAAAACACCGGCGAGCUGUUUGUUACACUGCAGGUGAUCAUUGUGGGCGUCAAGCUCAGUCUUAGCUUGCGCAAGAUGAAGGAAGGAGAUGAGGGAGGACGUGUGCCGUGGCCUAGCAUUGUGUUUAUUCUUGCUUGGAGAUUCUUGGUGAUGCCGGCUCUAAGUAUCCCCAUCAUUUGGGGGUUGGCCAAGAAGACGGGUCUCUUGUUUGAUGACCCGGUGCUGUGGUUCACCAUGAUGAUGAUGCCUAUUGGCCCGCCUGCUAUGAGGUUGGUGGCGCUUGCCGAUGUCAACAACCUGCCUCAACAAGCUAAGAUGGCGACGGCUAAGCUUCUCACUAUUUCUUACGUUGCUACUCCGGUGAUUGCCUUCUCUGUCGUUGGUGCGCUCAGAGCAGCCCAGAAUGUUGCAGAUGCGUAGUAGACGUACAAGAUAUUGGUAUCAAACCAUACUUGAAAGGGGGUAUAGACUCCAUGAUACAUGAAGCGAAGAUAGUACUAAAACGUUCUUAGACGCAUUAGACAAUGUAAAGCUGUCCGUUAGCAAUUGCCCCGAAAGCAAGCUUUACACGACCGUACAGAACGGGAACUGAGACUGCCUCUGCUCAUUCCGAGGCCGAUGCUGCUCAUGUUCCUUGGGCCCUUCACUUCAUAAAUUUCUCCUAAGAGAUCGUGAAAAGACGUUAUCAGCUUUACUAAUCAUUCAU